AUGCCCGGACUUCCCUCCAGCAUCGAUCUCGACGAGUGUAUUGAGAGGCUUUACCAGAAGGAGCUGCUCGCCGAGUCGGUCAUUGAAGCAAUAUGCGCAAAGACCAAGGAGAUGCUCAUGAAGGAGAGCAAUGUCGUCCACAUCCAGGCUCCUGUAACCGUCGUCGGUGACAUCCACGGCCAGUUCUUCGACCUGCUCGAGAUCUUCAAAAUCAGCGGUCCUUGCCCAGACACCAACUACCUUUUCCUCGGUGACUACGUUGAUCGCGGCCUCUUCAGUGUCGAGACCAUCUCGCUGCUGGUCUGUCUCAAAUUGCGCUAUCCUCACCGCGUCCACCUGAUCCGUGGCAAUCACGAGUCUCGCGGCGUCACCCAAUCCUACGGCUUCUACACCGAAUGCAGUCGCAAGUACGGCAACGCUGCCGUCUGGCACCAUUUCACCGACAUGUUCGACUACCUCUCCCUCUCCUGCGUCAUUGACGACAAGAUCUUCUGCGUCCACGGUGGCCCCAUGGCCGACUUGGUCUGGAGCGACCCCGAUGCCGACCGCGACGAGUUCUCGUUAAGCCCAAGAGGAGCCGGUUACACUUUUGGCGCUCAAGUUGUCAAGAAGUUCCUCCAAGUUAAUUCGAUGACACACAUUCUUCGUGCUCACCAACUCUGUAAUGAAGGGUACAUGGUCAUGUUCGAUGACAGACUGUCCACUGUCUGGAGCGCUCCCAACUACUGCUACCGAUGCGGAAACAAGGCUAGUGUUCUCGAGGUCAGCCCCACUGGAGAAAGAAAGUGGAACGUCUUCGAUGCAGCUCCCGAGAACGAAGUUCACCGCAUUGAGCAACAAAACCAACACAACAAUCCUGGUUCGGACCCAGUCAGGGACUACUUCCUUUAG